CCUUUCUUGGAAUUUCGCUAACAGUACUGACAAAAACUAUUAGCAUGACACACAAAUGUUAUCGGGUUUGAAAAAACAUAAAUUGUGAUGUGAAAUAUGAGAUGAUUAAUAAUAAGAUAUUCCAGAUGUUUUAAUAUUAUACGUUUAUUGUUAAACAAUUAAACGAAAAGAUCUCUUCAUUAUACGUAAAAAAAAGAAUCUUGUAAUAAACAGUGAAAAAAUGAUUUAUUGUACGAUAUAAUCAUUUGUUUACAAAUAUGAUUUGAAUGGAAAUAGUCAAAUCAAACGUUAAAAACAUCACGUUCGUUUGUUAAACGAAAGAAUUGUAUGGAAAGAAUUUAGUUGAGAAUAAUAAGAAAUCCAUCGUACAUACCUACGCAUUUUCAUAUUAUUCGUUUUUGAUAUAUAUAUAUAUUAUCCACUUAGUUGUUAGAAUACUACGGUGAUCGUACACAUCACCGGGCAGAUCUGAAUGUGAGCCCGAAGGUGAAAAAAAAAUGGGUAAAGAUGGCUGAUCUCGACUGUGAUUCAGCGUUGGACGAUGCGAGCUCCGAGACCUGCCACAGCCGGUCUCCUUCUUCCUUCCAAGAAUUCGUACACUGCCAAUUGAGAGAGCCUUCGGUUUCACGGCUCCAUUCACGACGAGUAGCCUAUUCGUGACACAAUCCGUGUAGUCUAUCGAAAAUACUGUGUUUCUUUCUCUUAUCUAUCUAUCUCCUUCGCACGUGGAUGUGCAUACGUAUAAAAAAAAAAAAGAAAUAAAAAAAAAAGCAUUUAAUUUCGAAGAUUAAAUAUCAGUCAAUCUAGUGUAAAGAAAAUUCUUCGAUAGCCACACAUUAUCACGUUCAGUACGUAUAUAUUUUGCAUCGUUAAUAGUGUAUACGAUCGUUAAAAAAACAUUGUCAUAUUAACGCUUUGUGAUUGUUAAAUAACAUUUUUAUCCGGUUGAUACUUAUAUGUAAAGUUACUAAAAAAAAUAUAUAUAUAUAUAUUCGUAUAUAUUCGACUAUUAGGUAACAAUAUUUUUUAUAUUAGAUCUUAUCGUUGAUUAUUUUAAUUUGAUAAGUAUCACAAGCAGAAUUUUUGUGACUUCAACAUCGAUUUCUGCAUAGUCAUAGUUAUAUAAAUUACAACAAAUAAAUUCGAUUACCUAUGCGUAAGUUUUGUUUUUCCUGGAACUUUAAUGUCAAAGAAAGAUGUAUUACACUAGAUUAUUUGGUCAACGAUAACAAAAUUGUGAAAUAUUUUGCAUUAAUAAAAAGUUUCAAUUUUAGUUUGAACAAAAGCGAAGAACAAAAAACUUUACGAAAAACAGAUAGAACCGAUGAUCCGAUAGAACCGAUGUUAGUGCCGAUAUUAGUGUUAUAAGAUCCAAAUCGAUAGCAAAGGAUCAUCGUAAGAAGAUCUCUGAUGUCGAAUCUCGAUAUCUUUCACUUACUUACUUUUCACGUCGACGGCACCGUGAAUCGAACCGUGAGAAAGGGUUUAGACCAGGAAGAGCUCGAUGACGCACGCAAAUUUCAAGGAAGAAAUCGUUUGAGUCGAGCAAUACACGACGAGUCAGUCGGUGCGUGGUCGAGACGCAACACACGAUUCAUACUUUUCCUUUUCCUCGACGUCGUCGUUCUCGUUUUUAUCGUUGAUGUCAAUGUCCGUGAAUCAUUCGCGAUGUGCGAACGCAAAGAACAAGGAUCAAGAAGAAGAACGUUGCACGACGUCGAACGCGUCAGUGCAAAUCACACGAUUGCCCCAAGAAGACGAAGAUUGUUCUCGAUCGAUCAAUAAGUUUUCUGUUUCUGAACAUCGAUCUAGUUGGAUUUUCAAGAACAAUGAGAAAGAAAAAUCUAAAGAAGAUUCUCGAGAAGAAUCGAGAGAUUUAUUUGCGAAUUUUAACGAUUCGAUGAAGAGCGAAGACGAAAGUAAUGAAUCGAAUCAUGACAUUACUGCAAAACUCGAAACGCUUCUUCGAGUCUCUUGUGAAAACUCGGCGGUAUCUUUCGACGGGGAAAAAUAUGAUAACGAUGAAAUUUCCAAAGAGAAUAUUACUUGUCGUUUGGCGUGUCGUUCUGGCGAUGCUAAUGUGCCGGAAAAAAAGAAUAAAUCAAGUCUUAACUUCGAAGAAAAGGAAGAAAAACAAUUGGAAUUAGAGGAAGAACGAUUGAUUGAUUCAAGUCCGGUUAUGGUGCCAUAUGAUCCAUCCGAAUGGAAUUCGAGUCACAUAGCGUCAUGGAUUUCAUGGUGCAGCCAAGCAUUUUCGAUAAAACCAUCACCGACAUCGAAGACUCUUCCAUCGACCGGAAAGGAGUUACUGAAAUUGUCUUUGGAGGAAUGGCAACGUUUUCCGGGUGGUCGAAUUUUGGCGAGGCAUCUCGGUUACUUACGUUUACAGGCGACCGGUGUGUACAGUCUAGCUUUGCUUCAAGAUGAGAAAGUUCACGAAAGGUUCGGCCUCCUACAACGGACUUGCUCGCUGAUUGGAUCGACAGCUGGAACCGGUGGUUCCGGGGCGGUCGGAGGCGGACAGGUUCAACUCUGGCAAUUCCUGCUGGAGCUACUCUCGGAUUCGUCCAAUUCUUCCUGCAUAGCAUGGGAGGGAUCUAACGGUGAAUUCAAGCUAACUGAUCCGGACGAAGUCGCACGAAGAUGGGGAGAGCGCAAAAGCAAGCCCAAUAUGAAUUAUGAUAAACUUUCGCGGGCGCUCAGGUAUUAUUAUGAUAAAAAUAUUAUGACAAAGGUGCACGGGAAACGUUACGCGUACAAAUUCGACUUUCAUGGUCUAAUGAUGGCGUGUCAAGCUCAAGCGGGCAUAGCGAUGGAUCCACCCACGUCUUCUCGAGGAACUGGACCGAACUGUCAUCCUCAUCACGCGCAUCACGCUCAUCAUCUUUAUUCGAGCGGAGGUGCAACCGCAUCUCAGCAUCAUUCUAUACCUCCGCCUCCGCCACCACCGCCGCCGCCUCCACCGCAUUACUGUUGGCCAUAUCAUCGAUAUUCGCCACCGACGUAACGCGAACUUUUAUUCGUCGAAUUUGUGAACAACGUGAAUUUCUACAGAACUUUUUAACGAAUAGAAAGAAACGUGGAUUUAAUCGUUGUUAAGGGAAAUUCUGAAUUCGAUUUGAAAUGAACGCAAGAAUUGCAUUCGCAUUCUCAUGUACAAUUCUUAUGUAUAUUUUGUAAGACACAACUUUCUAUUUAAUAAACUUGGGAUUGAAUCUAUUCAAUAAAUACAUACGUAUGUAAUAUUAAGGAGUAAUAAAUAAUAAGAAGCUAAAAA